UGCAGUGUGCGGCCACCUCUGCCUGUCAGAUGCAAUGUAAACACUGAAUUCCUAGCAGUGGAUUAGCCUCGAGUUUAUAAUCUGAUGCUGCCUUGUAAGCAUGGCCUCCAGUUCCAGUUUCGCCCCUCCAAAGCUACCAGAUUUCAUCCUUACAGAGCGGUUGGGCAGUGGGACAUAUGCCACAGUCUACAAGGCCUACAGGAAGGGUAACAAUCGCGAGGUGGUUGCAAUAAAAGUCGUUGGGAAGAAAACUCUAAACAAGGCUUCGACGGAAAACCUGCUCACGGAGAUUGAAAUCCUGAAGACUAUACGUCAUCCUCAUAUAGUCCAGCUGAAAGACUUUCAGUGGGAUGCCGAGAACAUUUAUCUCAUUUUGGAAUGGUGCUCUGGGGGAGACCUCUCUCGCUUCAUUCACAGUCGCAGGAUUUUACCAGAAUGUGUGACCAGGCGCUUCCUGCAGCAGAUGGCUUGUGCCCUAAAGUUUCUUAAUGAACGAAACAUCUCACACCUGGACUUGAAACCUCAGAAUAUUUUGCUCAGCGGCUCCGUCCUGAAGCUAGCAGAUUUUGGAUUUGCACAGUACAUGUCACCAUGGGAUGAGCAGAGUGUUCUGAGAGGUUCUCCUCUUUAUAUGGCUCCUGAGAUGGUGUGCCGACACCAGUACGACUCAAGGGUGGAUCUAUGGUCUGUGGGGGUCAUUCUGUACGAAGCAUUGUUUGGACGCGCUCCAUUUGCAUCCAAGUCAUACGCUGAGUUGGAGGACAAGAUCAGGAGUAAUCAGCCUAUUGAGCUUCCUCCAGGGGCCAGGGUGUCCAAGGACUGCAGGGACCUUUUGCUGCGGCUGCUUGAGAGGAAUCCCGACGCUCGGAUCACCUUUGCAGAGUUCUUCACUCACCCUUUUGUGGACAUGGAGCACAUGCCAAGUGCAGAGAGCAUAGUGAAAGCAAAAGAGCUGGUGACGCAGGCCGUUCAGAGGGAUCAGGACGGGGAGAGGUCCGCUGCUCUCUCUCUUUACUGUAGUGCACUUGAGCACUUUGUCCCAGCUAUUCACUAUGAGACGGACCGACAGCGCAAAGAUGUUCUGAGGCAGAAGGUCAAACAGUACGUGUCCAGAGCCGAGGAACUGAAAGCCCUGCUAGCUUCGGACAACAGACGGAGCUUUGAGGAGGCCCGGACAUCCAGAGAUGUUCUCCGAGAAAUGGCCAAGGACCAGCCUCGACUGCUCGCUGCCUUGAACAUGGCCUCGAUAGCUGUCGCUAAGGAGGAGGGUGGCACAGAUGAUCACGAGGCUCUGGACAUGUACCAGCAGUGCUUGGGUGAGCUACUGUUGGCACUAGCAGCUGAGCCCCAGGGCCGCAGGAGAGAGCUCCUCCAUGGAGAGAUAAAAAGCCUCAUGAACAGAGCUGAAUACCUCAAAAAGCAUAUUAAGAUGCACCAGACUCAGAUGGAUGCAUCGCUGGACCGAGAAUCCCUCACAGAUUCUGUCAGAAGCACUUGCUGUUUGCAGUGAGUGCAAAGGAGGGAUGGGGGGGGGCAGCAUCCACCAGGAGAAGACUGGAAUGCCCC